AUGGCAGAAGUUAUGGGCGGUAGAAACACCCUCUUCAGAUUCUUCUCAAGAUCACUUCCAGGUAUCAACCACGAAAGAGACACCAGAUGCAAGAUCUGUGGCCACCUAUUCAGAGACCCUUAUUCUCACCUCUUCACUCUAUGCCAAGAUAUCCUAGAUAUUGAAAAAACCAUCAUAUCAACAGUUAACAAAUUAUCAUUCAUCAAAAUCCAAAGAUGGUCAAUGGAUACCUUAGACAUAUCAAAAUACAACAGAACUGAGAGAAUCUUCCCCAAUCUCAUAGGAAUAAUAGCACACCAAUUAUGGAAGAUAAUCUGUCACAAAUUGUUCAACACUGAUGAAAGCAAACCAGAGCCAAAAUUCGAGCAAAAGGUCAUAGAAACAGAAUUACUAAAUCUCAUCGAAACUGAAAAAUUCAUCACACUAAAGAAAAUCAAACACGACGAAGCAAUACUAAAAAACACCAAUCAAGAUCUUCACAAAUACAAAUUCAACAAAGCCUGGCAAACCCCAGCAGCUCCGAACCCUCUUCCAAUUUAA